UCUGCCCUCCUUCCUUCCUCCGGCAGGGAAAGGAAAAAAGAAACUCAAACCGAGAGGUUGAGACCACGAGUGCGGCGGCGCUCCACCGUCCUGUGCCCUAGUCCGGCCGCCGGCCAGACAUGGAAGCGCGCGGUCCUAUUCCGAAGAGGACGAAAUUUACGGCGUCCAAGAUCCAAGAGGUGCUGCCGUCCCGGGAGGCUUUGGAAGCCCCCGGCCACAGACCACCCCCCUCCGCCCACAACCAACAACCGCCGCCCGGAGUGGGUGAGGAUGAAGAAAGCUCCGACCGCAUCAGCAACCUCCCCGACGCCAUCCUCGGCGAGAUCGUGUCCCGCCUCCCCACCAACCAAGGCGCCCGCACCCAGAUCCUCGCGCCCCGGUGGCGCCACAUCUGGAGCUCUGCGCCUCUUAGCAUCGACUGCGAAGGCCUCCCCGCCGAUAACGAGGUACUCGCUGGCAUCGUCUCGCGUACGGUUUCAUCGCAUCCGCCCCCCUGCCGCCGCUUCUGCGUCCCCUCGUGCUUCCUCGGCGACCGAGCUUCUACGGUGGACAAAUGGCUCCGAACCCCCGCUCUGGACAACCUCCAGGAGCUUGAGUUCUGGUUCAAGCCAUACUAUCGACCGCAGCCGCUGCAGCAUCCCCCACCAUCGUCCAUGUUCCGCUUCUCGGCCACGCUCUGUGUUGCCACCAUCGGAAACUUCAACCUUCCGGACAGCAUAGUCCAAGGGCUUCACUUCCCCCUGCUUAAGCAGCUCGGACUUGAACUUGUCAGCAUCUCGGAGUGCUCGCUGCACAGCUUGAUUGCCAGUUGCCCUGCUUUGGAGUACUUGCUGAUUAGCCAUGGAUUCGGCUUUCGCUGCCUCAGGAUCAACUCCCUUACCCUUAGAAGCUUUGCUGUCAAGAACUAUCGGAAAGGCAAUGACCAGUUAAAGGAACUCAUUGUCGAGAAUGCACCUUGCCUUCAAAGGUUGCUCCAUCUUGAUUUUGACUAUGGUUAUUCAGGGCUUGCGUGUUGAUAGACUGACAACGGUGGUGCACACAGUGAAGAAUUUAGCUGUCAAUAUGAAGAUUCUUAGUUUGGAUACAAUUAUCGAGUUGAUGCGAUGCUUUCCAUGCUUGGAGAAGAUAUAUAUUGAGUCAGAGUCAAAGAAGGAAAAAAAUGUGCGCGGUCGCAGACACCGGAAUCUUACCAAAUGUCCUAACAUCCGUCUAAAGACAAUAGUACUUGAAUGUUAUGAGGGUAUUAAGUCUGACA